UGUCAACAAUGGAUCAAUAAUCUAAUUCCGGCGUCUUCAGUACUUCAAUAUCCUCCAUCUCGCUAUCUAAUAUCUAACGAUAUCUCAGUUCAUCCGCCCAGGCUCACAAGGGCACUACUACCCUCCUUCUUCUUCAAUCUAUGGUCUGUUAGGACGAUGCACGGCGAUUGAGAAUAAGUCUAAGGAUUGGGAUGGAUUAGAGGCCUUGAAUAAGGACGGAAGGAUGGAUAUCUAGGAGCCACUGAGUGUCGUGCGCCUUAACGGUCUGGUCGGUCUUGACCCUCUGCAGCACCAGGUCCAGAGGCCGAAACACCAUGGUGUGGGCGGCCGGCCGGGACUGGUGGUGGAGUCGUUCUCUGCGGUGCCACCUCUUCCUAGGCGCCCUCUUCCGCCUCCUGCUCAUCGCCUACGGUCACUACCAAGACCAAUGGGGCCCGGCCGGCGUCAAAUUCACCGACGUGGACUACCGCGUCUACACCGAUGCCGCCCGCUACCUCCACCACGGGCAAAGCCCGUACAAGCGACACACUUAUCGCUACACGCCCUAUCUGGCCGGCCUGCUGUGGCCCAAUGUCUGGCUCCAUCCCUUAUGGGGCAAGGCCUUGUUCUCGUUGUGCGAUCUGGCCAUCGCGCUCUUGAUCUACGCUUGCCUGCAGGCCAGUCAGCCGGCGGCCACCCGCUCCCACUCGUCGCUCCCGCCGCCCGCCCGGUUAGCUUUAAGCGGCAGUCUAUUGUGGCUGUAUAACCCGUUUUCCAUGGCCAUUUCAGCCCGUGGCAGUUGUGAGGCCGUAGUCUUGCUCUUGAUUCUGCUCACCAUCUACGGGUUCCAAGCCCGGGCCUACUUCUGUGCCGGAUUGGUUUUUGGCUUGAGCAUUCACUUCAAGCUGUACCCGAUCAUCUACGCCCUUAUUUUCUAUCUCAGUCUAUCCCAACGAUCCCGAUUUUGGGCCAAAGUCUGUCUAUUGAAUGGGGCGCAGGUGCGGUUCACGGUGGCUACCUUGGUGGGGUUGAUAGGUAGCACGUAUGUCGCGUACCGCCUCUACGGACAGCCCUAUCUGAGUGAGGCCUGGUUAUAUCAUUUAGCCCGCAAAGAUAUCCGGCACAAUUUCUCACCCUACUUCUACAUGCUCUACCUGACGCACGAUGUGGAUGAUGCGGGCUUGAGUUUGGUCACCUUCUUGCCGCAAAUUGUGGUCCUUUUCGUGAUCUCGGUCGUCAUGGCCCGCCCCGCGGACUUGUGGUUCGGCCUUUUCGCUUUGACCGCCGUGUUCGUGGCCUUCAAUAAGGUGUGCACUUCGCAGUAUUUCUUGUGGUACAUGGUGUUACUGCCGUUGGUGCACCAUCGUUUGCGGUUCUCGCUGGGCCAAUGGUUGGGCAUGGGGGCCUUGUGGGGGGCGGCCCAGGGGUCGUGGCUCUUAGCCGCCUAUUAUUUGGAGUUUGACGGCACGAAUACAUUCCAGGUGUUGUGGUUGGAGGGUCUGGCCUUUUUCAGUGCCAACGUGGGUCUGUUGUCCAAGUUAAUCCGGGAAUAUCGCACGCAGUACGUCGUCGCAUAAAUCAUGCUUGAUCUCUAAUAUGUAACCCAAUCCCAAGUCAACGCUAGUCUGCCCAUAAAUAAAAAUAAUUUGGUGCA